GUUAAAUGGGCUUGCCAGGAAUACGCAUGUCGUGCUGUGGACUUUUUGGCACGUCGUACUCGACUGGCUUUUCUCAACGCUAUCGCUGCGCAGGAAGCGUUGCCUCGGAUUGUCGAACUGAUGGCCGCUGAACUUGGUUGGGACAAAAAGAAACAGCAAGAAGAGCUGGAACAUGCCCGAAAAUUCCUUGGUGUUGAGAUGGGCUUUAAUUUGAGCUCUCAGGAUACCGUACCGCUCAAUUUGACUUUAGAAGAGACCGAAGUAUUGCUUCAACGUUUCCGGCAUGCGGAUAGUGGAGGAAAAGGUUACAUUUCCCUGACUGAUUUGGAACGACUGUGUGAUGAAUCUGGUCAACAUCUUACCAAAGAUUCUCUGAAGAAUCUUCUGCGUAGCAUGGAUCUAAAUAAAAAUGGUCAGAUCGAUAUGGCCGAAUUUUUGCACUUCAUGUCCGCGUUGAAAACCGGAAAAAUCGCACACAGUCCGUUAAAACGUGUGUUCAGUGGCACAGCCAUUCCCGUGCAUCGCAGCGGAGGUGGUGUUUAG